AUGGCGGCGCCCCCUCGAAUGCUGCUCCUCAACGGAGGCGGGAAUGAAGCUUUCGUCGCCCUGCCGACGACGUAUGAUAAAGCUGUUCAAGCGGCCGCAGACAAGUUCACUAUACCCAAAAAUGACAUCCGCCUCUCUUGCGCCGCAAGCGAUAUGCCCUGGAUCGGCGCAUACGUCAACUCGCCUCAAGUCUUCAUCACCGACAACGACUCGUACUACUAUGCCUGCGCCCAAAAGGCUGUCGUCCGACUCACCGUCAUCAACCUGAAGGCUGGUGAGGCGACUGCCGCGGCUCCUGCUACUGGAGGAGGGGCGCCAGCUAAGGGCGGUGCUCCCGCUGGCGGUGGAGGGGGAGGAGCUGCCCCUGCCAAGGCGGAGAAGACGGCAGAAGUUAGUUUGACGUGCGAAACAGCUGCUGGAAAGACUGUUAGCAUGAGCGGAACCGUCGCAGGAGAUCUCGCCAACGGACCACCAGCAGGACAAUAUCUAGGCACGCUGACCGUAGAGGACAAAACCGCAAAGCAAAAAUUCGUCGGCAAGGCACUCGGCCCCAACGAUAUUCUCACCAAGUUCGUGAUACAUGAUCAAGCCACCGCCCGGCUUCUCUGCCGACCCCGAUCCAUCCAGCCCAAGCUCGACAUUCUCUCUCGGACAGACACCGGUGUUGAAGUGUCAUACUCCCUCACAGACUGGCAGGUCCUCACAGCGUACCCCAUGACCAGUCUUAGCAGCGAGUCUGGGCAGACUCGGAUCCGGUGGUUUGCGCAGGUCGGAGCUGGAGGGAGAGUGACAGACCUGUUGACUGGGACGGAGAGCAGUGGGCUCUUCAUGGACAUACUCCCAACAUCGAAGCCAGCACCGGCCGCGGUCGAGCCAGAAGGUCCGCUAUUACCUGCAUGGCCGGAUAUCCGCCCCAUCAACGCCUUCUGUCUGCCUCAGUCCCUCUUCAUCCCGCACAUUGACCGGAUCCUUACCGCCCUAGGGGUCCCCGUCGAGGGUCGGACCAGCAUGAUCACCAGCUGGCUUCCGAGCCUGAUGCGACACAAAAACAUCGCCUAUCGACUGCUCAGCCCCGCCCAGCUCGAGCCGAGCAUAUCUCUGCGGAUCAUCCCGCCUCCAGAGGUCCUCGUCCGGAUCUUCGUUCUGUUCCGAGGUGUGCCCGAUGCGGAAGUGGGGGAAUGGCACGAUCGAGGUCUGCUGCACGCUGAAGCUGGUCUGGACUGGAAAGAUGCUAUCGGGUGGGAUGUCAAUGUCGGCGACGAGUCUAAGUUCAGGGUCAUUGAGUACGCGUUCAUGGAGGUACACAACUAA